CUCGACUCUUUUUCUUCCAUUCUUUCUCACUCUUGGAUUCACUGCUGUGCCGUAUUCAGAGAAAACUAACAAUCUCUAAACAUGGUGGUCGCAAAGAAAAUGAAGAAGACUCAUGAGAGUAUUAACAACAGACUUGCUCUUGUAAUGAAGAGUGGGAAAUACACACUUGGUUACAAAACUGUCCUUAGGACUCUCAGAAGCUCCAAAUCAAAGCUUAUAAUUAUCUCAAAUAAUUGUCCUCCUUUGAGAAAAUCUGAGAUUGAGUACUAUGCUAUGCUUGCUAAAGUUGGAGUUCACCAUUUCAAUGGAAACAAUGUCGACUUGGGAACAGCUUGUGGACGAUACUACCGUGUGUCAUGCCUUAGUAUCAUUGAUCCAGGUGAUUCUGAUAUCAUAAAAACCCUUCCUGGUGAUCAGUAAGCGGAGAAAGCUAGUGUUUCCAACAUUAGAGGUUUUCUAUUUCUCCCUUAUUUAGUUUUAAGUUGAUUCUCAGCUGAAUUUAAUCAAACGUUAGAGGUCUACUUCAAAUUUGUAAGGCCUGAAGAACAAAGAAAUAUACUUCAAAUUUUGGUGAGUGAAAGUAGCUCUUGUACUUUAUGAAUGUGGUGGGAGACUAUUUAGUGUUUUUCUUUCUACAUUUCAACCUAGAAGUUUCCACAGCAUUGCCUACUGCCAUGCUUCAAAAAUGCUUAAAUGUCACUUUCCUGGUCAUUGGUACUUUUCCCAUAACUGUUACUCUUCACAAUUCAGCUGUAGUUUUGCAUCA